GACGGCCGGUUCCAAGCAUUGCAUUGUGGGAAGGGCAGCCGGUGCCGUCGCUGCCAUUUUAGGGAAGUCCUGUCGCUGCGGCCUUCGCAUCUGAGGGGGGGGGGAAGCCCUUCGUGGCCGUUGUGAACACGGAAGAUCGGUCUAAGGCCUACCGGGCCCGCUCCCGGACUUCCGAUCUCGGCGGAGCUUUCAGCCAGCGUCCAGACACAGCGGGGAAAGAGAAGUAAGGGAGCGUGAAGCGGGGGGGAGGGGGGCCCGAAGGCGAAAGCGGCCGAGCCAACAGCGUUGUCGGCCCGCAAGGAUGGGCCGGUCCCGGAGUCGGAGCUCGUCCCGCUCCAAGCACACCAAGAGCAGUAAGCACAACAAAAAGCGGAGCCGGUCGAGGUCGCGGUCCCGGGAUAAGGAACGGGUUCGGAAACGCUCCAAGUCCCGGGAGAGCAAGAGGAACCGGCGCCGGGAGUCGCGCUCUCGCUCGCGCUCCACCAACGCAGCCGUGUCCCGCCGCGAGCGGGAGCGCGAGCGCGCCUCGUCCCCCCCGGACCGUAUCGACAUCUUCGGGCGCACGGUGAGCAAGCGGAGCAGCCUGGACGAGAAACAGAAACGCGAGGAGGAGGAGAAGAAGGCAGAGUUCGAGCGGCAGCGAAAGAUUCGACAGCAGGAAAUAGAAGAGAAGCUCAUUGAGGAAGAAACAGCAAGAAGAGUGGAAGAACUUGUGGCAAAACGAGUAGAAGAAGAAUUGGAGAAAAGGAAGGAUGAAAUUGAGCGAGAAGUUCUCCGAAGGGUGGAAGAAGCUAAGCGCAUCAUGGAAAAGCAGUUGCUCGAAGAACUCGAGCGACAGAGACAAGCUGAGCUUGCAGCACAAAAAGCUAGAGAGGAGGAAGAGCGUGCAAAACGUGAGGAACUAGAGCGAAUACUAGAAGAGAAUAAUCGAAAAAUUGCAGAUGCACAAGCCAAACUGGCUGAAGAACAAUUGAGAAUUGUUGAAGAACAAAGAAAGAUUCAUGAGGAAAGGAUGAAACUAGAACAAGAGAGACAACGUCAACAAAAAGAAGAGCAAAAAAUUAUCCUGGGCAAGGGGAAGUCCAGGCCAAAACUGUCCUUCUCAAUAAAAACCACCCAGGAUUAAAUUGAAAACUCUGAACAUUUUACAAAGAGAAAUGGAAAAACUUUGUAUGGUAGCUUCAUGUUGAAGUGGUUUUUUUUUUGUUUGUUUGUUUUUUUAAUUUGGAAAAUCUGGAAAGUUAGCUUGUUCUAAUAGGGGCUGUGCUCUGCAACUUUUUUUUUCCUUUUUAACCUCCAUUAAGUUAAAUCCUUAUCAGAUCAUUGUUGUCUUCUAAAGAGUGAUAUUUUCACCCAUUUUAAUUCUGUAUUAGUGGUCUGAAGCAAAUCAGGUCACUAUAUAAAUUGUGGAUGGUCUGAUAAGGUUUUUACUGACCCACUCACCUCAGAGUUAAUACUCUGUUUAUUAGACCAUAAUGCUGGUUUUGCUGCCUUUUUUUCUUUUUUCUUUUUUUUAAGAAAAAAAAACACAAAAAAAGGGAAAAGUUGGUAAUUGCAUUGGUAAAUUCCCAGGGUAUUACUGGACCUAUGUGGUGUAUUGUUAAAUCAGUGUCCCAUGAUACUGUUCCACUGUUGCGCUUGAUGUUCCUGAUACAGGUAAGGAAUCAGUUGGUCAACUCUGCUAUAAAUAUAUAAAUAUAUACAUAUAUAUAUAAAAGCAUAUAUAUAUAUAUUUAUAUAUAUAUAUAGUUCAGUAUUGUCUCUGUUCAUUUUGUUUUUCUUACAUUGACUAAAUCCAACCAGCAUUCCCCAUUGUGUAAAUAAAUCAAUUUGCCGAAUAAAGCAAGUCUUAAAUUCA